AUGUUCAGAAACUUCGCAGUUGAUCAGCGGAUCGCUGUGAUUUACUUGCAAGCCUUGGCAAAGACACAGCACUAUUCACAUUUUCAGAUGGAAGAUUUUACUUCUCGGUUACUAGAACACGACGCAAGUAUUUUGGGUCUCAAAGAGCUAGUCAAAGAUUCCCGAAAUAUGUCGAAGCAAGAACAGGCGUCAUCUUUGCUGAGUGCUCUAACAGGCGGAGGUGGAUUUGCUGGCCUAGGGGCACUUGGUUCAGCCUCGGCUUCAGCUACAAUGCAACAAAUUCGUGGUACAGAUCCAAAACAUCCACUCCACGUGCAAAUGCACAAUCCCACGUCUACACGAGCUGCAUUGGUUGCGCUGACAGGCAGAGUUUUGAUUGCCUUUGUUGUCGUGUCUGCAUUGUCUGCAUUGUUCGACGAGAAAGGUAUGGGUCGUGGCUUGGGUAUGAACUCUGGCAGCAAGCAUAUCCAACAAGCACAGGAUACAUCCAACGUUUCCUUUGAAGAUGUGAAAGGGGUGGAAGAAGCGAAAGCAGAGCUCCAAGAGAUCGUUUUGUAUCUUAAGAACCCGGCGAAGUUCACAAGACUGGGUGGAAAACUUCCGAGAGGUCUCCUCCUAACUGGCCCUCCAGGAACGGGAAAGACACUUCUUGCGAAAGCAAUCGCAGGAGAAGCAGGCGUCCCGUUCUUCUUCAGCAGUGGUAGUCAAUUUGAAGAGGUUUAUGUUGGUCUGGGAGCAAAGCGCAUUCGAGAACUGUUCGAAGCUGCAAAGAAGAAAUCGCCAUGCAUCCUCUUUAUUGAUGAGAUCGACGCUGUUGGUGGAACUCGAAAGUUAAAGGAUCAAUCAGCACUUAAGAUGACUUUGAAUGAGCUGCUUGUGCAAAUGGACGGUUUUGAAGACAACAGUGGCGUGAUUGUUAUAGGUGCUACGAAUCUCAUGGAGGCUCUGGAUGAAGCUUUGCUGCGCCCUGGGCGCUUUGACAAGCAUAUUACUGUUCCUUUGCCUGAUGUCGGUGGGAGAAAAGAGAUCCUCGAAAUGUACGCAAAGAAAACGAAGCUGGACCCGAAUGUCGAUCUCAAUAUAUUAGCCCGAGGGACCACUGGUUUCAGUGGUGCGGAUUUGUACAAUCUUAUGAACCAAGCUGCUUUGAAAGCUUCGGUUGAUGGAUUAUCGAGUAUCACAAUGUCUGUACUGGAGUUUGCGAAAGAUAAGAUUUUGAUGGGAGCUGAGCGAAAGACUGCUGUCAUAACAAAGGAAACCGCCAAGUGUACAGCGUAUCACGAAGCGGGCCAUGCUCUUGUAGCAGUUCUAACCGACGGGGCGAUGCCAAUUCAUAAGGCGACCAUCAUGCCGAGGGGACAAUCGUUGGGUAUGGUGACCAUGCUUCCUGAAGGUGAUCAAACAUCUCAGUCGUUGAAGCAAAUGAAAGCGAUGAUGGAUGUAGCGAUGGGGGGCAGAGUUGCGGAAGAACUCAUUUUUGGACGAGAUGAAACAACUUCUGGGGCAAUGAGCGACAUCUCAAAUGCUACCAGGAUUGCGAGAAAUAUGGUGACAAAGUAUGGAUUUAGUGACGAAAUUGGUUUGGUUAAUUACGGAGGGUCGACCGGGGAGGAGCAUGCAUCUGAGGAAACAAGAACCAAGAUUGAUGCUGAAGUAAAAAAAUUGACCGAUGCGUCCUACAAGCGUGCGAAGGAUUUACUGUCUCGGUAUUCCAAGAAACACCAUUUGUUGGCCAAGACGCUGUUGGAAUACGAGACGCUGACUGGUGAUGAAGUCAGACAAUUGAUAAGCAAGGGUGCGAAGCCCAAACGACCGGUGAUAAACAAGAAUGGUGGUGCACGGGGCAACGGAGAGGUGCUCACCGGGGGGAAGACCCGGCUAUCUGGACUCGGCAGAGACGCUACAUGA